AUGCCCCCGUUGUCACGCCUUUUGUGUGGCUGUCCACCAGAUACCAACCACCAGUUCACUGCAAAGGAGAGCGAUUGGGGAUUCACCUCCUUCAUGCCGCUGCAAGACCUCUACGACCCCUCUAAAGGCUUCCUCGCGAAUGACACACUGAUUAUUGAGGCAGAGGUGACUGUGGAUGCCGAGGAGUUGGGCGAUUCAAAGACCGAGAAGGGAUACGCUGGGCUGAAGAACCAGGGUGGCACUAGUUACCUAAACGUGCUGCUUCAGACUCUGUACCACAUCCCGUUCUUCCGAGCGGCUGUCUUCUGCAUGCCGACCUCAGUGGAUGAUAAUCCUUCCGGCAACAUUCCGUUAGCACUGCAGAUAAUCCUUUCCAAUCUUCAGCACGCAGGAGGUUCCAGUGUUUCGACUGAACACCUCACUCGAAGCUUUGGGUGGGAAGCACAUGACUCGUUCCUGAAGCACGAUGUGCAUGAGAUGAACCGCGUGCUGUGCGCCAAGCUUGCGAGGCUGGAGGAGAAGAUGCAAGGCACGACUGCUGCUGGAGGCACUGUGAAGACGCUAUGUCCAGCUGGACGUGAAGGGGUGCCGGGACGUGUAUACGAGUUUGGACAGGUACGAGCUGAAUCCCCUCCCUGUCCUCCCCAACCUCGUCUCCCCGUCUCCCCCGCCUUCCCGUCUCCCCCGCCUUCCCUUCCCUCCCUUUUGCCAGAUGUCCAGCUGGACGUGAAGGGGUGCCGGGACGUGUAUGCGAGUUUGGACAAGUAUGUGGAGGUGGAGAGGCUCGACGGGGACAACAAGUACCUCACAGACCAGCAUGGCUUGCAGGAUGCCAAGAAGGGAGUGCUGUUCAUCGACCUCCCUCCGGUGCUGCAGCUGCACCUAAAGCGGUUUGAGUACGACACCGCCACGGACACUGUGGUCAAGGUGAGCGACCGCUACGAGUUCCCGGUUGAGCUGGACAUGGACAGGGGCAGUCGCAAGUACCUUAGCCCACUCUCCGACAGGAGUGUGCGCAACCUCUACCUGCUGCACAGGUAUAAGUUUGAUGACGAGCAAGUGACAAAGGUGGAGCAGUGUGGGGGAGAGGAAGAGGUAAGCAUGAUGGGGUUGCAAACUUGCCUCAUCCCACGCCUCCUUUCCCUCACACUUCCAAUGCGUCUUGCCUUCCAUCUGCGUCUUGCCUUCCAUCUGCGUCUUGCCUUCCAUCUGCGUCUUGCCUUCCAUCUGCGUCUUGCCUUCCAUCUGCGUCUUGCCUUCCAUCUGCGUCUUGCCUUCCAUCUGCGUCUUGCCUUCCAUCUGCGUCUUGCCUUCCAUCUGCGUCUUGCCUUCCAUCUGCGUCUUGCCUUCCACCUUCACUCAACCUGGUUGAAGCUGGAGGAGGAGAGAGAGGAAAAGAGAAAGGGGAAGGCAGAGGCUCGCCAUUUCACAGUAAUCAAGGUGUCACGAGACAAGGACAUGCGAGAGCAGAUUGGCCGGAGCAUGUACUUUGACCUGGUGGACCACGACAGAGUGAGAAGCUUCCGCGUGCAGAACGAGCUGACGUUCUUGGAAUUCAAGAGGAAAGUCGAGGAGGAACUGGAAGUUCCAGUGGCGGGGCAGCGGUUCUGGCUGUGGGGCAGGAGGCAGAAUGGCACGUACCGGCCAACCCGACCACUGAAUACGGAGGAGGAGCACAUGAAAGUGAGAAUGGUAGAAGAAGAUCGAGGUAGGAAGAAUCGAGGAAGGUGGUAUAGGAGUGCUCCUUUGGCUCCUUCGGCUCCUUCGCCUACUGGAGCCAAAAACCGCAUUCUCCUCUUCUUGAAGCUUUACAACCCCGUGAUUAAAACCAUUAGCUACUUGGGCCAUUUGUUUGUGGAUCUCGACAGUGGGCCCGAAGACGUGCAGGAAAUUAUCGCAAAGAUGUGUGGCUUCACAGCCAAUCAGGACAUUCAGCUGUUUGAGGAAAUCCAGCAUCAUCCACACGUGACGUGUGAGCCCGUUAGCAACAAGGCCACCUUUCGAGAGAGUGCUUUGGAGGAUGGCGACAUUCUGUGCGUGCAGAAGGCUUCAAGCCCAGCAGAGAGGGCAGCAGAGAGUACGGGCUUGGAGUGCCCCGAUGUGCCGUCCUUCCUACAGUAUGUGCUGACCCGGCAGCUGGUGCGGUGCAGACGACUGGACGAGCCAAAGCAAGAUUCGUUCUGCCUUUUACUCAUGCCAUGUAAGUUAAGUUCGAAGCAGGACACGUACGACGAUGUGGUGCGUGAGCUGGCAGAGAAGCUUGGGCUACCCGACCCGUCAAGAAUCCGCCUCACGGCGCACAACUGCUACUUCCAGCAGCCGAAGCAGUCACCUGUGAAGUUCCGCAGCGUUGACAGCCUCGCGGACUUGCUCACACACCAUGACCAGACAAUGGAUAUUCUCUACUUUGAGACGCUGGACAUUCCUCUCCCUAAGCUGGAGCGUCUCAAGUCGCUUGGCAUUGUGCUUCCUACUUUUGGUUCCGCCAGCGGCGUUGCUGAUGUAGCUGUGCGGAGCGGGGAAGGGGAAGCAGAGGGCGGAAUAGCGGAACGAGUGGGGGAAGGAACUCAGGCGGGAGGGGGUGUUAGCGCUGGUAGCGCAAGGGCGGAGGGCGCAGGGGCGGAAGGGGCAAGAGCGGAGGGCGCAAGAACGGAAGGGUCCUGGAAAGGCGACCUGAAGGGGGUUCAGAGGGAUGGGGUGCGGUGGCGGCUAGACAGAGUAGCUAAAGGGUUGGAGAGACUGGAAGAGGCAGUGAAACGUCCAAAAGCUGCCGCCCAUACCCAUGCACCAGCACAGGUUGUCUCUUCUGGAUCCGUUGACUCGGUGGGCUUGGUUGACUCGGUUGACUUGUGGCGGCUGCCAGCUGUGCGCAGGAGGAGGCAGAGGCGGUGGUGGGUGCCGGUGGUGCAGUCUGGAAGAAGCCUGCACGGGGAUGGUGUGACUGCAGGCGCGGUGAUUGUAGAGAAAGCUGAUGAGAUGAUGUACUCGGAGCUACACACCCUGCUGGGAUGGCGUGUCAAGUCAGAGCCAGUCAACUUGUUCCGCUCUGAGGUUCCAUUUUGCCUGGCCGAAUCUUCAGACGCAUCAGCGCCACGUGUCAACAUCUCAUUGGCCAAGGUCCCAUCCAAUGAGCACACUUCUGUCCCUCUAGUCACCCUUCACUCCCACCUGCACAAGGCUCUGCCGCCCACUCUCGCCUCCGCUGCCCAUUUUAUCGCCGGGCGGCGCAUGCCCCUCGGGAUGCGGUCGGAGCACCGGGUGCUGCCGGUGAAUCACGCGCUGACAGCUGUCGGCCACGUCCACGUCAGCAAGGACGGCUGGGCGGCGCUGGUACCUUCUCCGCGCCUUCCUUUCUUCCUCCUGAACGAGAGUAGAGACGCAGCACUGCAGCGGCUGCAGCAGCAACGGAGGACUCAGUUGAAGCGGGUAGCGCUCUCUGCUCUCGCUGCAUCUGCUGUUGCAGGCUUCAUGUGGUGGAGGAAGCGUCGCAACGAGAGGCGGGAGCGGGAGUUCGAGCAGCAGAGGGAGGCCGCCAGAAACGAGGCUCUCGCAUUGCAAGGCGCUGGUGCUGCUGCUGGCGCCUGGCCAGAGGAAUUCCCUGCCCUCCUCCCUGCCGCUGCUCGCGACCCGUCAAGCGGACGAAACCAGCAGCUAGAGGAGAUUCUUGAGGCUGUGGAGGUGAUUAGAGAGGCGCAGAGAGAGGAGAGAGGGGAGGGCAGAGGGCAGGGGCAGGAGGAGGAGGAAGAGGAGGAGGAAGGAUUGGAUUUGGAUGGGGAGCAUGAGUUGCCAGCAGAGCAGGUGUGUGUGGUGUGUGCUGGGAGGGUGAGAAGAGCGGUGUUCAUCCCGUGUGGGCACCGUGUGUGCUGCCUGCGGUGCGCAAGGGCUGUCAAGCAGAGCAGCUCCCUCUGCCCCAUCUGCCGGCGGUUUGUGCGGCGAGUGUAUCAGGUGUUUGAUACGUGA